AUGCAGUGCUCACCCUCCCUGGUGGGGGCCCUCAGCUCCGUCCUGGUGGUCUUGGGGCUGCUGAUCCUGUGGCUCUACGGCCGUACGCCGACUCGCUACGGGAAGCACGCGGAGGCGGCGGCCGAGAAGCCGCUCCCGCAAGAGCGCCGCCGUCACCUGCCCGCCAAAUGCGCCUGGUUCCUGCAGGAGCUGCCCGCCUUCCUGGUGCCUGCGGUCCUGCUGGCACUGCGCAACCCGCCCCAUUUUGCGCCGCUCGGCUGCAGACUGCUGGGCGGCAUGUUUUGCGGCCACUACUUCCACAGGACAUUCAUUUACUCAUUCCUCACAAGAGGCAGACCUUUCCCGUUGCACACAGUGCUUUUCGGUAUGCUGUUCUGUGUCUAUAAUGGAUUCCUUCAAGGUUACUACAUGGUUUACUGUGCUGAAUACCCAGAUGACUGGUGCAACGACAUAAGAUUUACAUCAGGCAUCUUGUUGUUUUUGUUCGGCAUGGGGAUCAAUAUCCACAGUGAUUUCCUUCUACGAAAGCUAAGAAAACCUGGGGAACUCAAUUACAAGAUUCCACAAGGAGGACUAUUUGUAUAUGUGUCAGGAGCAAACUUCUUUGGUGAGAUACUGGAAUGGUUUGGCUAUGCAAUAGCAACCUGGUGCCUACCAGCUUUUGCCUUUGCCCUUUUUACAGUGUGCUUCGUUGGGCCACGUGCUUAUCACCAUCACAGGUACUAUCUAAGAAAAUUCACAGGCUAUCCAAGAUCAAGAAAAGCCUUGAUUCCUUUUAUAUUCUAAAUGACAAUUGCCUAGACUUCAGGAAUGGGGGACAUUGUUGGUGUUGUAUGUCUUUGUGCUGUCUAACUUUAAAGAUGAGUUUUAUUAUGAAUGCUGCUGUGAGUUUCAAAGAGAAAGAUUUUGGUAUAAUGUAGUGUUUUCAUGAAUUGAUCAUUGUUACAGUGUUGGAGUAAUUGUUCACUUACUAUAAAUGGUAAAACUUCAGAUAUGGGCACCUGCAUUCCCCCCUCCCCCACAUUGCUUAAAUGAAAAGCAGCCAAGAGAGGCUGAAAUAUGUCAACAACUUUCUUGCAGGCAGAAAGAUAAAAUCUCUACAUUUUUUCCCGUGAUGGUAGUAAAGCCUCUUAGGGAACAGAAGUGAUGUAAGUAGACAACUGGUAGGAAAGGAGAACUGUCUCUCCCCUGUGCUGGUCCCUCUCUAUAGAUUUCAGCCUCCCAUAGAUGUGUUUUGCUUUAAAAAGAAAUAGCAGGAGGAAGAAUCACAGAACUGCCUAUCAUGUGUGGCGUAGCUCUUGAAAGGGUGAGGAAUAGCUGUUUAUCUAAAAGUUGCUUUGCCUAAGGUUCCUUCCUGUUCACAUCUGCAUUGCUUCCAGUCCCUGGUGCUACUUUUUGUUAGGAGGAAUGACUGAAUUUUUAGCAUUGCUAGUCACUAACUUGUCAUUAUAAGAGUUAUCAUAUUUAAAAAUACUGCCUUAGGAAACAGCUGUCUUUGUAGAUGAAAGCAUAAUCUGCUGCUCCUUAGUCCCCCUUCCCCCUUGCAAGGCCAAGAGACGAAAGAAAGAAAGAAAGAAAGAAAGAAAGAAAGAAAGAAAGAAAGAAAGAAAGAAAGAAAGAAAGAAAGAAAGAAAGAAAGAAAGAAAGAAAGAUCUUGAUGAUCUAAUCCUGGUUCUUUUCUUUUCAACUGAACUCUUGCUGAAAUUGAAGAUGGCUAAGAAAUGUUCUGACAACCCAGAAAUAAUUUAAUUGGACAUGUCAUUUUCUUGUGAAACAUUGUUAAUAAACUGAGUAAGAAAGCAAU